GUUUAAAGGACCGACGAUUUCCGAGUUUUGGAGAGUUGCUGGAGACUGGAGAGGUCUUUUUUUCCAAUUUCCAAUUUUUAAUUUUUUUUAUUAAUUAAUUAAAAUCGGAAUUUGAAAAGGAGAAGGAAGGAGGAGGAACAAGGCACUGCACUGCUUCUUUCAGCUCCAUACAAACAGCAAACAGCAAAGCGAGAAGACGAAGAAGACGAAGAGUUAGUUAGUUAGUUAGUUACAGAAAACCAAACCACUUUUGUAUUCAGAUUCGGCGCGUUUUGAGUUUUGAUUUCCAAUUCGCACUUCCAGACAAACCGCUUUCUUUUGUCUCUCCUUUUUCACCUCCGAAAUUCUCUGCAACCCGGGAAAUUUGCGGACCUAGAACCAGAUUUAUAUCUCAUUUGUUAACGGGUAUAGAAAGCAGGGCAGGUGAUAUUUGGGUUUUACUUUUAUUUGAUUACUUUGUGCGGAAUUGUCUUCCUCGUUUGUCGAUUGAAUCUUGUGUGAGUUACCAACGAGAUAAAGUUGGAGUCGUUAGAGUUCAAAAUACAAACAGGCAGCUUCUGAAAACUGCAAUCUUGGUGGAUGUGUGGAGGAUUCUGACUAUCUCUGAACAAUUUGGGAAUAUGAGUAUGGAGAGGAUUCUAUCUGCGGUGGUGGACACUCAGCAGGGAGGGGAGUCCUUAUUUGGGUCAAUCAAGAUUGCAGUGUUACCCAUUGCAAAGGUUUUUACAGUUUGCUUUUUGGGUUUUCUCAUGGCUUCCAAGUAUGUUAACAUUUUGCCUGCCAAUGGAAGGAAGCUUUUAAAUGGGUUGGUCUUCUCACUUUUGCUUCCAUGUCUGAUAUUUUCUCAACUUGGACAAGCCAUCACUGUCAAGAAGAUGAUGGAGUGGUGGUUUAUUCCUAUGAAUGUUGUUCUGGGCUCCAUAUCUGGGUCAUUAAUAGGUUUUCUUGUUGCCUCCAUUGUUCAUCCGCCAUACCCUUUUUUCAAGUUUACGAUCAUACAAAUUGGAAUUGGGAACAUUGGAAAUGUGCCGCUUGUUUUGAUUUCAGCUUUAUGUAGAGAGAAAUCCAACCCUUUUGGCGACUCAAACAAAUGUAGCACUGAUGGGACUGCUUAUAUCUCAUUUGGCCAGUGGGUUGGUGCAAUAAUUCUGUAUACAUACGUAUUCCAAAUGUUGGCACCUCCUCCUGAAGGUACUUUUGACAUUGAGGACGGAUGCCUUCCCAUGAAAGCCCCUCCAAAGGAUAACAGCACCCCUGAGCAAGUUCCAUUGCUUACACAAGGGGAGGAGGAACUGAUUAAUUCAAAUUCUUCAAAGAGAACUAAGAUUAAAAAUUUCAUGGCGUUUUUGUAUGAGAAGUUAAAACUCAAACAAAUCCUCCAGCCUCCUAUAAUAGCUUCAAUCUUGGCCAUGGUACUCGGAGCAAUUCCAUUUUUGAAGCGAUUAUUCUUCACAAAAGAUGCCCCACUUUUCUUCUUCACUGAUAGCUGCAUUAUUCUUGGGGAGGCAAUGAUUCCGUGCAUUCUGUUAGCAUUAGGCGGCAACCUCGUUGAUGGACCAGGAAGUUCAAAACUAGGCCUACGAACAACUGCUGCUAUUAUUUUUGGACGAUUAGUUUUGGUGCCUCCUGUAGGACUUGGAAUUGUAACAUUGGCUGAUAAGCUUGGUUUCCUUCCUGCUGGAGACAAGAUGUUCCGAUUUGUCCUACUACUUCAGCAUACAAUGCCCACAUCAGUCCUUUCAGGUGCCGUGGCCAAUUUAAGAGGUUGCGGAAGGGAGGCAGCUGCUGUCCUGUUUUGGGUUCAUAUUUUUGCUGUGAUCUCCAUGGCUGGGUGGAUAGUUUUGUAUCUAAACAUUCUCUUCUGAACCUGUGUCCAUUUAGCUGUUAAUUGUAUCCUAAUCCAGUACAAUAGCUAAAUGGAUAAGAAACUAGUCGUUGGAACCCAAUUUCUUAAUGGGAAAUGCGUCUUAUUCCAUGUCAAGACUUUAGGAAACCAUGUUGCCAAACAGAGGAAGAGGAAGAAAAAUAUAACAAUCAUGAUUAUAGGAGCUUUUUUCUUUUUUGGUGGAAAUCAUGAUUGUAGGAGCUGUGAGAAGGUGGACGCACCCAGGAAUUACUUGGUUCAAUUGAGUUAGGAUGACAUUAUUUGUAAACCUUUAUAUAAUUUUUGAAUUUAAUUGUCAUUAUUGUUUAACCCCAGGUAAGUAAGUUGUACUUAUUUAUUAUAUAUUAUAUAAUAUAAUAUAAAUUUUUUA